CCCCAGGAUGGCCGAGCAGAUGUGGUUGCCAACGACUCUGGGGACAGGGUGACUCCUGCUGUCGUGGCCUUCUCAGCGAGUGAGGAGGUUGUUGGCUUAGCUGCAAAGCAAAGCAGGAUAAGGAAUAUUGCAAAUACUGUGGUGAAAGUAAAGCAGAUCCUGGGGAGAAGCUCUGGUGACCCACAGGCAGAGAAAUACAUUGCAGAAAGCAAAUGCUCUAUCGUUGAGAAGAAUGGAAAACUCCAAUAUGAAAUAGAUAAUAAACUCAUCCACCCAGAGGAUGUGGCAAAACUAAUUUUCAGUAAGAUGAAAGAGACUGCUCAGUCUGCAUUGGGCUCAGAUGUGAAUGAUGUUGUUGUCACUGUGCCAUUUGAUUUUGGAGAGAAUCAGAAAAAUGCCCUUGGGGAAGCAGCUGCAGCCGCUGGGUUUAAUGUGAUGAGAUUAAUCCAUGAACCAUCUGCAGCUCUCCUGGCAUAUGGAAUUGGCCAAGAUUCACCCACUGGGAAAAGCAACGUGUUGGUUUACAAACUUGGUGGAACAUCCCUCUCCAUCACAGUCCUGGAAGUGAACAGUGGGAUCUAUCGAGUGCUUGCCACCAACACAGAUGACAGCAUUGGUGGGGUUUGCUUCACAGAAGCUCUGGCACAGCACUUGGCUUCUGAAUUCCAGAGGUCUUGUAAACAUGACAUUAGGGGGAACCCCAGGGCCAUGAUGAAGCUGAUGAACAGUGCUGACAUUGCCAAGCACUCUCUGUCCACCCUUGGGAGUGCAAACUGUUUUGUGGACUCUCUGUAUGAUGGGUUGGACUUUGACUGCAAUGUGUCCAGGGCCAGGUUUGAGCUCAUCUGUUCUUCACUCUUCAGUAAAUGUGUGGAAGCAAUUAAAAAGCUCCUGCAGCAAGUUGGAUUCACAGCAGAUGAUAUCAAUAAGGUGGUUCUGUGUGGUGGCUCUGCUCGAAUCCCAAAGCUGCAGCAGCUGAUCAAAGACAUCUUCCCAACCGUGGAACUCCUGAAUUCAAUUCCUCCAGAUGAGGUUAUUCCCAUUGGUGCAGCCAUAGAGGCAGGAAUUCUGCUAGGAAAAGACAACACCUUGUUAGAAGAAGAAGCACUUAUUGAGUGUUCUGCCAAAGAUAUUCUCUUGAAGGGAGUAGACGAGUCAGGGGCUGACAAAUUCACAGUGCUAUUUCCAUCAGGGACACCACUGCCAGCUCGAAGGCAGCACACCCUGCACGCCCCUGGGAACACCUCCUCUGUGUGCCUGGAGCUCUACGAGGCCUUGGGGAAAAGGCCCUUGAGUGAAGAAGGUAAAUUUGCACAGAUUGUGCUGCAGGAUUUGGAUAAAAAGGAGGAUGGGCUGCACGACAUACUGACUGUUCUCACCAUGAAAAGGGAUGGGUCCCUGCAUGUCACCUGCACAGAUCAAGACACUGGGAAGUGUGAAAUCAUCACUGUGGAAGUGGCAUCGUAG